UCAGCUGCUGAAUAAGUUGUACCUCAGUAUCCAAACAUCCUAUCUACCGUGAACAGGAGAGAACCCAAGCCCAAGAGAGGGAAAGGAGGAUACCCUGGUCAGAGGAAGGAAAGAGUGAGACAGGAAAAGAGAUAGAGGGAGAGAGGGACAGCGGAGGAAGGCAGACUUUUCCGUCAGAGAUCCCUGUUUUUGACACUGUCAUUGCUUGAGUACCAACGGCUAAUGACAUAUGGUAAGAAGAGCUGAAAUAAAAAAUAAAAAAUCAGGACCACGAAAAGAACAAAGGACUUUCUGAACAUUUUCAAGUACAGAAUUGAAGGGCUCUGUUUGCCAACUGGAGGAUUAAAAUCAACCACCUGAGAAAAUAUUUGGCAGAUUUUGGAGAGGAUACAAAGACCCAAAGUUCUUUAAGUUCAUCCUAAAAACUCCUCAGAUGCAUUCUUCUGAGCUCGCUUUCUCUGUGAUUCAGGAUGAGUUUGUCUCGUAACGGGACGCUGGAGAGGACGCCAUCUCAGCAGUUCACCUCUGAUGCAGAUGACUCCGAGUUGACCCGACUGCAUCAUGCGAACUCCAUGCCCCCAGCAGUUGUUGACCCCGUGACCCCAGCGGCAGUGGUUCCUCCUCCGUACUCAUCCUCCAGCGCUUCGGCCGAGCCGCUGGAGCUCAGAACCUCGCUGGACUGCUGGGCGUGCUCGGUUCUCGUCACGGCGCAGAACCUCAUCAUCGCCGCCGUGAAUGCAGCACUCGCCGCCGUCAUCUUUGGAAUCAUCCUCACUCCGGCGCUCACCAUGGUCGUGUUCGGCUUCCUCUGCCAUUCCAAGGUUCAGCCCCAUGGUACUUCGGUUUAUUGCUCGGACCUGCUCAACGACGCAUCCUGUGUGACUCUGCUGGUCGUGGGGUUCGUGUUGUUGGUUCCUCUGCUGGUGUUGGCUCUAGCGGCGUACUGUAGAUUGGCACGUCUCCUGCAGCUCAGCCUCUGCUUCAUCCCUUACAGCCGCGCCGUCUAUAAAAACCUUCCUGUGUCUCAGCACCCGGGGCUGCGGGGCUGCUGCAGCCAACAGGGGGCACCGGAGAGAGACGCCAAAGCCAGCGUGUGGGUGUGAGGACAUACGGGACACUCUGCAGGGCAUCGGGCUGAAACUGUGAUGAAGAGUUAAUAAUCCAGUGAUCAACAUUUAAA